AUGAAUCAGCGUUACAGUAGACACAGUCAUAGAAAUAAUUUUUCAUUGUUGUGUGUUUUUUUGUUGUUUAGCCCCACCUGUUUCCGUAUCUCGGCCUCUUCAUAAGGGAUAUCGGCUGCUUCACAUUCAGAUCAUUUCAAUUUGUUAAGCUGCGCUCUCACACACAGAAUAUUUCACCUCCACAUCCAACACCGACGUUGCGUUUGUUCCAGAUGGAGGUCUCCAGGAUGCGGUCCGCCUGGGCGGCUCUCUGCACCGCCGUGCUAGUGAUGUCAGGCUCUGCUGAAGGUGCUAGUUUGGUGACGUUAAAAGCGGCGAACACAGAACCGUCAUACUCUUAUGACUUAACCAUGGACGUUACCAACCGCAUCUACAGUGAUUCUCUCCUCAACCCUAACUCUGACGACUAUAAUAUGAUGUUUGGGGAAGUUAGCAGUGCGCUCUACUCUGUCUACGGCUGCCCCACUUGCGACACACGCACAUUUUAUCAAGGUGUAACAGCCAUGACCUUCAGUAACAAGGCUGGAUCUGUGGUUGUUCAGGCCACCAUCAUGUUCAGCUCAAGGCACACCAAUGCUGUGGUUAUUAAAUUCCUAUUUCUGUCAGCCAUCAGUGACAAAAAUGAAAUAAAUGGCCUGAAAAUCAACCCUGACUUCAUACAGGUCAUACAAGGAUCAGCUCCUGCACCGAUGAGCACUUCCCAUCCAACCACUACUCCUAGCCCUACUCCUACCACUACUACUCCAACUCCUACUACUUCUACCACUACUCCUAGCCCUACUCCUACCACUACUACUCCAACUCCUACUACUUCUACCACUACUCCUAGCCCUACUCCUACCACUACUACUCCAACUCCUACUACUACUAUAACUAUUUGUGACACGAUUCCUCCAAGUACUCCUAACACUACUCCAACCACUACUACUCCAACUCCUACUACUACUAUAACUAUUUGUGACACGAUUCCUCCAAGUACUCCUAACACUACUCCAAACACUACUACUCCAACUCCUCCUACUACUACAACUAUUUGUGACACGAUUCCUCCAAGUACUCCUAACACUACUCCAAACACUACUACUCCAACUCCUCCUACUACUACAACUAUUUGUGACACGAUUCCUCCAAGUACUCCUACCACUACUCCAAACACUACUACUCCAACUCCUCCUACUACUACAACUAUUUGUGACACGAUUCCUCCAAGUACUCCUAACACUACUCCAAACACUACUACUCCAACUCCUCCUACUACUACAACUAUUUGUGACACGAUUCCUCCAAGUACUCCUAACACUACUCCAACCACUACUACUCCAACUCCUACUACUACUAUAACUAUUUGUGACACGAUUCCUCCAAGUACUCCUAACACUACUCCAACCACUACUACUCCAACUCCUACUACUACUAUAACUAUUUGUGACACGAUUCCUCCAAGUACUCCUAACACUACUCCAACCACUACUACUCCAACUCCUACUACUACUAUAACUAUUUGUGACACGAUUCCUCCAAGUACUCCUACCACUACUCCUAGCCCUACUAUAACCACUGCUCCUUCAACUACUCCUACAAGUAUUCUAACCACUACUCCUCCAAUUACUCCUCCAACUGCUUCUGAAAUUGGAUUUACACCUAUUCCAACCACUACUCCUAUAACUUUUCCAUCCACUGCACCUUCAGUUACUCCUACCACCAGUCCUCCAAUUAGUUCUACCACCAAUCCAAUCAUCCCUAUACAAUACGAUGCAACAAGUUCAGCUACUCCUCCUCCAAUUCCACCUACCACUACUCAAACAACUACUACUCCAGUUACUCCCUUCACUUCUCCUACAACUACCCCUACAACCAUAAUAUCUACUACUACUUCAUUUACUCCUAACACUACUCUUCCAACUAUUUCUACAACUAGUCAAACCACUACUACUAUUACACUCACCACUACUCCUGGAACUAUUACAACCACUGUUCCAAUUUCUUCUAUCCCACUCCCCAACCCACAACCCCAAGCAAUCCCUGUCCCACAACCCGAACCAGUCCCUGAACCAUUGCCGGACCCAUUUCCCCUACCAAUUGAUGAACCACUGCCACUAAUCCUUCCAGAUGCCGAACAGCAGAAACACUGACAUGGCACUGGAAUCUUAUUGGGUGUUGCGUCAGUGGUGGUGUUAGUGUGUUUAAACAAUGGGUACAAUUACUGGCCUACACACCUAACCUGUUGAUUCUCCUUGAAGCCAUACACUUCAUCUACAAACUUAAAUAAAACUUCAUUUCUCCAUGCAGCAGCAAUAUCUAUUCUUCCCACAACUUAAUGCCAAUGGCAGAAAUGAAAUAAAAGGCCUGAAAAUCAACCAUGAAUUAACACAGAUUAAGAAUAAACACUGUCCUAUCUAUAAUGAAAGGUAUAACAUAAAUAGUCAUACUAAAAAUACUAACCCUGAGCUCUUCUCAGAAUCAUACCAGGAACAGCUCCUGUACUGAUGAAUAUCUCCAGGACUUCCCAUCCAACCCCUACUCAAUCCAGUACGGUACUCCCAUCUCUACUCCGACCCCUUAUCCAUUAACUUGUGAACCCUUUCUUUCAGCCACUAGUCCUAUACUUCAGAUAAUUAAUUAUCAUGUCUUCGCACUAUGACUACUCCAAUCACUGCUCCUACCACCACUCCUACGCCUACUUCUACUACUACUCCUAGUACCCCUUAAAAGGUGUUGUUAAUGUUGCUAAAGAACAAGUCCUUUUUUAUUCACACCCCCUGUGUUCAAAUACUAUCUGCAUCACCAGCCAUUGGCAUAAUCCUUGGGAAGGAGGACGUCCACCAAAAGAUGCUCCAUGUUAUUUGUUUGCCAGUGUUACGUGCAGUGAUAGGAGGCAGGACGCACAAGUGUGUAAAACUUACUGUGUGCUUUAUUAAGGAGAAUCAUUGUCAGAGAUCCAAGUGGGUGUCAGAGCACAGGCAGCAAACUAGAACGAUCCGUUAAUCGUUAGAUUAAAACUGUGAAAUAAUGCACACAGACCAGGAACUAGAAAACAAGGCUUGGAUUUUUGUUAGAAAUGCAUGAUAAGGCUUUGCAACGAAACAAUGAAAUAGCAGGCUAUACAUAGGUAAAUGAAUGAAGGACUAGACAGAACAGGUGCACACAUUGGGUAACAGGCCAAUGACAGGACGGGGUGGAUACAGGAUUGAAACAGAAACAAAAGCACAAAGUAAAUAUGGUAGAAAUGGGAUUUGAAUUUUUCUCCAGUCUCUUAUUAAUAGCCUACCAGUAAACCUCCCACAAAUACUGUACCUCUCCCCUAAAAUACAAUACAUGUACAAAGGCUGGAUUUCAGUUAUCGCUCACUAGUGUUGGGUAAACCAUCAAGUUUUGUCAGCGGAAGGAUGUGUUUUUACAGCAUGUGAAUGAAACAGCCAUCAUAGUACGGCACUCAUGUCUCCAUCUGUAAAAUACACUGGUAAGAGAAUAUCAGAACUUUUGUUUUAGUCAGAAAAGAUUAAAAUCGCUAAUAAUACAUCUGGAGAUCAUGUGUUUGUUACAUUGUUCAUGAGUUGCUCUUUAACAAACUUUUAACCGCAUUCAUCGCUCUUAUUUCCUAUAUGAUAUGGGAACAUAUGUUUUAAACCCGCCUUCACAAUAUUUUACAGUAUCCUACAUCCCCUAUUCAGUAUCCCCUCAGAAAAGCACAUCUCUGUCAAGGUUCUUUUCUCGUUUCUGUUUUCUUAUCCAUUACUGUCAUUGUCACUUAAUCAUUAGAGGAAUGGAUGCUUUCCAUUUCUUUAGAGCUGAUUUGUCUACAUUGUCUCAGUGCGUGUUGUUGUAAACAGCACAAAACAAAUAAAAUGGAGUUUUACAGGA